UUGGAUUACACCAUGCAGCGGGGCACCACUCACCACCACCAGAACGACACGGCGCUGUUCUACGACCAGAUCAAGUCCAAAUUACAGUUGGAUUUCAACAAGAACCAGCUCGUCGAGAAGCUUCGGAGGCUCAAGAAGAAAUAUCGCAACGUUAUUGGCAAGAUUAGCUCCGGUAAGGACUUUAAUUUCAAAAGCCUUCACGAUCAAGCCACCUUCGAGAUUUCUCGCAAGAUCUGGAGCACUACCGGCCGAAUUGGAGUCGAUGACAAUGCCUUGGACGACGACGAGCCCGCCCCGACUCUAUAUCCCAACUACAUGGACCACAGAAACGAAGAAUUGAUCGGGAAUUGCGCAGAGAAAAAACCGACGCCCACUCCGAAAUCGCGGAAGCGUUCGCGGCCUGGAGCAGGAUUGAGAAUCGACGGGCCUCGUGCCUCGAAUGAAAAUUUGAAUAAAGAGAAAAACAGUACCUACAACAACGAUAAUGUCAAUAACGUAGCGGUAGCGGGAUUGAUCGAGGAGACGGUCAGGAGCUGCCUGUCGCCAUUGUUCAAAGAAUUGUUGAAUACUUCCAUGGGAGGAGGGCUUUGUGGAGGCAGAGGGUUCAGCGGGUUGGCUUUGCACCCGAUUCCAUUGAGCUUCGGUGGGCCUUCAAUCAAUUUCGGAGGUGGGGGAGAAAUGGCGGACGAAAGGUGGAGGAAGCAGCAGAUUUUGGAACUGGAGGUUUAUUCGAAGAGGUUGGAGUUGGUUCAGGAACAAAUCAAGACGGCAUUAGAAGACUUGAGGUCCAUGGGAGGCUGAUCCGAGGACUGAAUCUUGAUGAACAUGGAGGACUUUUGGCUCUGAACUUUUUUCUCUGCUUAGAGUUUAAUGCAUGGAGGUGGGAUUCGAACCAACGACCUUUUUUGGUCGAUGAUAUAUACCUUAAUCAAUCGAACCAUGCUUCGAUUCAGGUUCGGUGGUUCUGAAUUUGGUUGCAUAUUAUUGCUGAAGAUUUAGAUUAUGAUGGGUCUUAUAAACAUUAUUUGAAAGGUGGUCCACUCCUGGUUACGAUUAAAGUGAUUAUUGUGAAAGCAGUUGAAAGUGGUGCUUUUUUAUAUAAUGAAUAAAACAAAGUUUAUUAA